AUGGCCAAGGCAAACAAGUCCAGCAUCUCUCGCCGGGCGUGGAACCUCCUGCGCCUCUCGCUGCUCUGGGGAAGGCGAGGUGGGGCAUUCAAGCUGCAGAUCCGCCUGCUCGUGCCCAAGUUCCUCAAGACCGUUGGCCAUGGGGCGACCCCUCGUGGCCACAUCUGGUACGGUGAGCGGGAGCUCUCCUUCGAGAGGACGCCAAUUGUCCACGUGAAGAUGCACCGGCCUGGGUCCAUGCGAUUCAUGCUCCCGUGCGUCAACCCGAAAGUCGAUUUCGAUAUGGAGUUCGAUGACGAGGAUGGCAAUGGAGUUUAUAAUGGAUAUGACAGUACGAAGAAGAGCUUCUUCCUAGAAAACGCAGAUGAGCAAGAGUGCUUCUACGACGACAACGGGAGGAUCCAAUGUGAGGAGGAAGAGCGGGGGAUCGACUCAAGAGCGGAGGAGUUCAUAGCCAAAUUCUACGAGCAAAUGAAGCUCCAGAGGCAGAUAUCGUAUCUUCAGUACAACGAGACGCUGAACCGAAGCACGAGUUAA